GGGUGGAAUUGAAGAGCUCAGCUAGAGAGUUAAGCAGACAGCAGUUUAUUGAGAGUACUCAGUACUUGGUCUUACGAAGAAAUACUACAGGCAACGAUAAAAAUGUUUACCCCGAGUGCUGUUCUCAGCCUUUGUCUGAUGACGUCACUACUGCCAUCACUGACCAGCGGCCAUGGCCGGAUGCUUGACCCUCCCUCGCGCAUGUCAGCGUGGAGGAUGGGAUUUCCGGUUCCGGCAAAUUACGACGAUCACGGGAUGAACUGCGGAGGUCGCGAGGUCCAGUGGUACCAAAAUGACGGCAAGUGUGGCAUAUGUGGAGACUCCUGGUCAGGCCCUCGUCCAUACGAGAGGCCAAAGGGCGUGAUGGUCCAACAUAACGUCAUCACGAAAACAUACGAAGAGGGAUCCACACUCACCAUAACCAUAUACAUAACCAGGGCACAUAAGGGCUGGAACGAGUUCCGGAUAUGCGAUAUCGAUACCAACGGCGGCGUGGAGGCCACGCAGGAAUGUUUGGAUAAAAACCUGUUGACGGACGAUACCGGGAGUAGUCGAUUCUACUUUGAUGUCGAUGAGGACUUCAUGGCGCAUUAUUACACAGUGAACCUGCCGGCAGGUCUGACGUGUAAACAUUGCCUGCUGCAGUGGAAGUGGAAGGCAGGCAACAGCCCAGGAUAUGGGGAAGCGCAAGAAGAGUUCUACGCAUGCGCAGAUGUGACUGUAGUACCCGGAAGUGUAGAGACGGAUAAACCCAAUUCACAGUCACAAGAAACCACAUUAACUACAUCGGUUACCACAACAACAGCAACCACACCAGCCACUACAACCACACCAGCAACAACAACCACAUCAACCACAACACCAAUCACAUCCACAGCCACACCAACCCCUACUACAACCACAGCAACAACCAGCUCAACAGACACGACAACCGACUCACAAACAUCUACACCCCUAACAACCCAACCCAGAGAAGAAUCAACCACGGCCACACCAACCCAAAAAACUGUUACCAACUUUAAUUUAAUUAAUUUCUUAAAGCCCAUCAAAUCAUCCAUAAACACGGGCCCUAAGCUUUAUAUACCAGGCGUAUUUGUCUAAUUCCCGAUCUCAAUUCCCGAGCAUUACCGGAAACUACCGAUCUCCAUGCUCUGAGAUUAUCUGCGGAAACUACCCUUUCAAGGCCCAUUUGAAUACUAAGGUAGACCGUAGUAUUUUAAUAAUACAAGUGUCGUCCUGUAUAGCCACGAUGCUAUUUGGUUUAUUUGAA